GUGCUGCUUUGCCACCACUGAAACUAGGGCAUUCAGUCUGUGCCAUGAAAGCAGAUGAAGGUCCAUGCAAAGCAAUCCACAUGCGCUAUUACUUCAAUAUUCGAAGCCGUGAGUGUGAAAUAUUUGAAUAUGGUGGAUGCCAUGGCAAUGAGAACAACUUUCUAACACUGGAAGAAUGUCAGAAGAAGUGUGUGGUAACAGAAUUGCCUCGAAGGAUGAUGUUAGCAAAAAUUAAGAACGAAAAGCCCAACUUCUGCUUUCACGAAAAAGACCCUGGAAUCUGCCGAGGCUAUUUUUCCAGGUAUUUCUAUAACAAAGAGACAAAGAUAUGUGAAGUAUUCAAGUAUGGUGGGUGCCUAGGAAACCAGAACAACUUCAAGAAUUUGGAAGAAUGCCAGACUACCUGCCAAGGCACCUCAAAUUUAUUGCCAAUUGUUCCAGCUGAAGAACAUCCUAACACUGGGAAUAUUAGUUCCCCAGAGGAAGAACCCAACCAGUUUCCUGGGAUUUUUGUCAGUUUGUUGCCAACUGCUCCAAAUGAGAAGUCCAACACACUGAACAGUAGUUCUCCAAGGGAGGAGCGCAACAAGUUUCCCAUCUUUUUUGAACCACCCCCCAUCCCUUCUUUGUGCAUGACCCCUAUGGACAGAGGACUUUGUAGAGCCAAAGAGUUAAGAUUUUUCUACAACUACUCAACUGGAAGAUGUCGCCCAUUUAGCUACAGUGGUUGUGGUGGGAAUGAAAAUAAUUUCACCUCGAGAAAGUCAUGUUUGAGGAUCUGCAAGAAAGGAUUCAAUAAAAAAAAAGGUGAAAGAGGAUUAAUAAAAAUCAAGAAGAAAAGAAAGAAACAGUCAGUAAAGGCUCUGGGCGAGGAAAUCAUCCCUGAAAGAAUACAACUUUGA